AUGGUAUUUCAGUACCUCGUCGUUUUUGUCAGCUUGGCGGUGGCCCUCCCAAGCAAAUGGGGAUACGCCUUCCCCACAAACAGAUAUUAUCAAUUGGACAAAGGAACUUGUUGGGCGUUUGGGAUCAUAGGCAUGUUGGAGCAUUCAUAUCGUGAAAACGGCCGCCAAAAGGGGUUUUUGGCAGACAACGAGUUUGUUCGGCUGAACGUUCAGUCGAGCGCCAUUUUAAUGGAACAAGCUUGUCAAAAGUAUCCGUCUGUAUGUAACACUCCAGGCGAUGAUGUGAUGUAUGGAUCAACCGAAGGAGGUGAAAUCAACUGGUUCUAUUCAUUCCCGUUUUUGUAUGAUAAGAUUCUUCCAAGCGCUGUUUGCCCUUACACGGAAACCACAGAGACGCAAUUUGUGUGUGACGGGAUGGACGAAGCGUUGAAGACGAACCCUAUCAGUUUUGAUAUUUCGGAGAUGUUGACAACUUAUAACAUUGAACAAACAAAGGAAUUGAUGCUCAAAAAGAAAAUCCCCGUUGGGUUUGGUUCAUUGAUCCACGACUCGAGAUAUUACAUUCCAUGCACCGAAGAAUAUCAAAAAUUCUGUAACACACAGUUCUUCGAAGUUGUUAAUUGCCCACAAGACAUGCAAUAUUUGAGUGAGAAGUGUUCGCUUUUCGUCAUGCCAAUGUACUCGACUGAUGGUGAAUUCAAUUAUCAUGGAACUAUUGAACCGGAAGGUGGACAUGCGAUGGUCACUAUUGGAUAUAAUGAUGAGUAUGUCACACAUGAAGGUGU